CUGCCCUGCCUGUGUCUCACACACUGCCUAUUAUUUCCUUGUUUACAUUGCACAUCGUGCACGUACCUCAAUGCAACGCGUUGUAUGCAAUGGCUUUUAUAAAGAAGAAAGAACGAUCCAAGGAAAGGUUUUCUCUGUUACUACUUGACCUCGAGGAGUAUUAUUUUGAGCAGCACACAGCCUAUCGGGUGAUCCACAAUACUGCAGCAGAGAAAAGCAAAGUCAGAGGAUCCCUAAAGAUCUGUUCUAAAUCACUUAUUUUUGAGCCAGAACCAAUAGCAGAACCUAUCAUGAAGAUUCCAUUGAGGGACUGUAUCAAAAUUGAAGAACUAGACGAGAAGGAACAGAAUCCUUUUAUUAAAAAAAAAGAAGAUGAAUUCACUGUAGUAUGUCGACAGGUUUGUUAUAUCAAAGAAAACAAUAUUGUGGCUCCACAUAAAAUUCUAAGAGGGGAACAUGAGUUUUUCUUUCAACUGGAGGCUUCUGAAAAAACAGAAGAUGUUGUUCAAACUUUACUGCAGCUGUACAGAGCAUCUUGUCUUGAUAAGCUGGGGGAUCAAACUGCCAUGAUUGAAGCCAAUUUGCAGUCUCGUUUGGCUAGAACAUCUUUUGAUAAAAACAGCUUUCAGUGUGUUUCUGAAAAACCUCACAUGGAAUGUGAAGCUGAAAUGGUGACACCCUUAGUUACCAACCCAGGACAUGUGUGCAUCACUGACCAGAACCUGUAUUUCCAGCCACUCAGUGGGUAUCCUGAGCCGGUUGUGCAAAUCAGGUUACGCAGUAUAAGACGCAUCUAUAAAAGAAGGCAUGGUCUAAGGCCAUUGGGCCUUGAAGUCUUUUGCACGGAAAACGACUUGUGUUCUGAUGUGUACUUGAAAUUGUACAACUCCAAAGAUAGAGACGAGCUGUAUUAUUACAUCGCAACAUUUUUAGAAAACCACAUGGCUGAGCACACUGCUGACAGCUACAUGCUGCAGUGGCAGAGGGGGCAUAUAACCAACUACCAGUACCUCCUUCACCUUAAUAAUCUGGCAGACAGGAGCUGCAAUGACCUUUCACAAUAUCCUGUCUUUCCCUGGGUAAUAGCUGAUUAUAGCAGUGCAGAAUUGGACUUGAUGAACCCUGAAACAUUUCGGGACUUGAGAAAACCAGUCGGUGCACUGAAUGAAGAAAGGCUAGAAAGGCUGUUGGAACGUUACAGAGACAUGCCAGACCCCAAAUUCAUGUACGGAAGCCAUUAUUCAUCUCCAGGAUAUGUUUUGUUCUACCUUGUAAGAGUUGCCCCAGAGUAUAUGCUGUGUUUACAGAACGGACGCUAUGACCAUGCUGACAGAAUGUUUAACAGCAUUGCGGAGACAUGGAAAAACUGUUUAGAUGGUGCAACAGAUUUCAAAGAGUUGAUUCCAGAGUUUUAUGGAAGUGAUCCCAGCUUUAUAGUAAACAGCCUGAAACUGGACCUAGGGAAGAAACAAGGAGGGAAGAUGGUACAAGAUGUUCACCUUCCUCCAUGGGCAAAUGGUCCAGAGGGUUUUCUUCAGAAAAACCGAGAAGCCUUGGAGAGUCAGUAUGUCUCGGAGCAUCUUCAUGAGUGGAUCGAUUUGAUCUUUGGCUUCAAGCAAAAAGGAAGUGAAGCCAUUGCUGCGCACAAUGUAUUUCAUCCUUUGACAUACGAAGGAGGCAUAGACUGUGACAGUAUUGAAGAUCCGGAUCAGAAAAUUGCAAUGUUGACCCAGAUCUUGGAGUUUGGGCAGACUCCUACACAGCUGUUUACCUCGCCUCAUCCCCAAAGAAUAACACCAAAGUUUCAAAACCAGUCCAGGACACCCAGCCGGAGCGCCUCCUUCAAUGAAUUAUCACCAGCCUCUACGAGCCAAGAUUCCUCCUUUGAGGAUUUGACAGAAGAAAGCAAAAAACUUUCAUGGAGCAACAUCAGGAAAUUAAAAAUGGUGUCCGUGAACAAAAUCCACAAAGAGGCAGUUACAGGAGUGGCUGUUACAUGCAAUGGUUCUUCAGUUUUUACAACUUCUCAAGAUUCAACACUGAAGAUGUUUUCCAAAGAAUCGAAUGCAUUGAAGAGAAGCAUGUCUUUUUCUAAUAUGGUCAGUAAAGGGCUUAUUAAAUUAUAAGACCAUUCAGGACAG